AUCUUGUGUACUCACCCAAACUUCUUUUUGAUCAGUUUCUCCCGCUAUCUUUGCCUAGCGUAACUGCGGACUUUACCCGGAAUUGCAUUGUACUCAGAUGUAUCGGGCUUUGAGGUUGAAUUUCUAUUUUCCUUCAUCGAGAAAAUUAACGUUGUAACAUGCAGCCUCCACCAAGAAAGGUGAAACUGAGCCAGGAGCUGAAGCACAGGCACUCGGAGCAGAUCAACAGACUCCACAUCAAACAUCAGACAGAAUGUGACCUGCUGGAGGACCUGAGGACGUACAGUCAGAAGAAGGCCAUCAUUGAGAAGGACUACGCACAAGCACUGCAUAAGCUGGCCACACAGUAUUUGAAACGAGACUGGCCUGGAGUCCAGUCAGAGGAACAGAAAGAUUACAGGAAUGUGUGUGCCGUGUGGAAAGCGUACCUGGAGGGCGUGGUCAAGGUGACGCAGUCACGGAUCAGUGGCUGUGAGAACUACAGGAGCCAGGUCUCUGACCCGGUCAAGACCUUCAGAGCCCAGAAAGAACAACAGCUGAAGAAGUGUAUUGAGCAGCUGACUCGAGUGCAGACAGAGCUGCAGGACACCGUGAAGGACUUGACCAAAUCCAGGAAGAAGUACCAAGAGACAGAACAGAUGGCCCAGGCCGUGAGGGACAAAGCCGACAUGGAGGCGAAAUCGAAGCUCAGUCUCUUUCAAUCUAGAUCCAGUUUAAAACGAGCCAGUGUGAAGCUGAAAGCCAAGAGGAAUGAAUGUAACGCAAAGGCCACCCAUACAAGGAACGACUAUCUGCUAACGCUAGCCGCGGCUAAUGCCCACCAGGACCGCUACUAUGAGACAGAUCUGAUUAACUGCAUUAAGGUUCUUGAUGGCAGCAUGUACGAUCACAUGAAAGGAUAUCUGAUGUCGCUAUGUCGGGUCGAGCUGGAUUCUGCUCAAGCUGUUCAGGACACUUUUCACUUCCUGCUGGAGAAGUCUAGUGGUGUGUUGCAGGACUUCCAUCAGCAGCUUUUCAUUCAGGAGAACAUCAUCUUUCAGAAAGCUCCUCCCUUCCAGUACCAACCCAGUGAAAAUGAUGCAGUGGUACAGUUGCAGAAGGAGAGUGGUACAGCAGAGGACCACAGUCUGAAUAAGGAGGCGCGGAAAUGGGCAACGCGCGUAGCCAGAGAACACAAGACCAUCAUCCACAACCAGAAAACUUUGUCAGAAUGGGAGAGCCAGGGCUUACAUCCACAGGACCAGACCCUCAGCGAGCUGGAGCUCAAAGUGGAGGAGGCAAAAGAGAACAUCCGGAAAGCCGAGACAGUGAAGUUGAAGGCAGAGGCACGUCUCAACCUGCUGAGAGAUGUGGGCGUCACCGUGGACACCUGGAUGAAAAGCGCCAUGAACCAGGUGAUGGAGGAGCUGGAGAACGAGCGAUGGGCCACAUUGAAUACCCAUGAUGCCUCACUCUCGAGCACUGCUGAUUUGGACAGGGAGGAUGAGGAAGAGGAAGAGACUCUUGAUGAUAGCAGUUCCAGUCCGUCAAUCACCCUGAGAAACUACCCCCUCACCUGCAGAGUCCUCUACUCUUACAAGGCCUCCCAGCCAGAUGAGCUUACCAUAGAGGAGCAGGAGGUGCUGGAGGUGAUCGAUGAUGGAGAUAUGGAGGAUUGGGUGAAGGCCAGGAACAGGGCGGGUCAGGUGGGAUAUGUGCCGGAGAAGUACCUGCAGCUGCCCUCAUCCAACAGUCUACUGAGCAUGCUCCAGUCUCUGGCUGCCUUGGAGACGCGCUCACACUCCUCCAGCAACUCCACAGAACAAGAGCAUGAGUCCGAACCUGCCACGGCCAGCCCUAAUGGUGACAGCACCGCGGUGACCUUUGCUAAGGCGCUGUAUGACUAUGAAGCUCAAACAGAGGACGAGCUCUCCUUCCCCGAGGGAGCCAUCAUCCGCAUCCUGAGCAAGGACAACCAGGAAGAUGACGGAUUCUGGGAGGGCGAGUUUAAUGGAAGAGUGGGUGUCUUCCCCGCGGUGCUGGUGGAGGAUCUCACAGCUCCUGAGAGUGAAGACACACACAGGGGAAUGGAUACACAGGUUUCGCCGUCUGCUCUGGGUCCCCACCCACCUCACCUGGCCCCUGCGAGUCAGCUCGCCUCCCAGCCUCCCUGCAGCCCCGUGCCCAGCCCUCAACCCUCCUCCUCAAAUCCCUCCCCUCAGCUCCGCCCACCCAGCUCCUCUGCCUCCCCGGGGCUGAGCUCACACUCCCUCAACGGCUACCACAGACCUGCUCCCGGACCCCCCAAACACGCCAACCACAGACACUCUCAUGGCUCCACGCCGCCUCCCAAAUACCCUGCCGACGGAGCUCCAGGAACACUGCGACCUGUCCGUGCUGCCCCUCCGCCUCCUAAACAGCAGGCCCAGGGGCAGGUGCAGAAGAGAGAGGAAGUGGAAGUAACACUGGUUUGAGAUUGCCACCCUAGUGGCAGCAUAAAGGGGUCUGACAGGACUGGCUUCACAGGGGCCUACUCUAAGGAGAGGGGACAAUUGGAUACAGAUGAAAUCCAGGAGAGGAGAGAAGCGACUGAAGAAUAAAUUCUGUGGAUGAUGUGUGGAGUUCACAGGGUCCAGCCAAACUAUGGAUGACACAAAAACACUUCAACUUAUCUCAUACUGUCUUCAUUCUUGUGCUUUCAUUCCUCUCCUUUUCUCUCUCUCUCUCUUUUUUUCCUCUAAUCUCUCUCUCCCACAGCCUGUGACAUGAGGAGGUCAGUGUUUGAAGAAAAGCAACAGGAGCAGAAAUGUCAGACCAGAGCACCAGUGAAAACAAGUUUAUGUGGACAGAUUACUGUUGUAACUGUGUUUUUUUCCCAUUUCUGCAGAGGUCCAGAGCACUGCUCUUUGAGCAUUUUGAUUGGUUUCAGCACAUUUCAACAAAAAAGAGUACACCCUGAUUGGGUAAGCAUUAUUUGGGUUUUGACCCUGUCACUGACUUCCUGUGGAAAGCAGAUUCACAAAA